AUGCCACGCAAGGACAAGGCAUCGAAUGGCGCAAAUCUGUUCUCUGUGCCGGCUGCAGGGUUUGACACCGAGCUAGCUGCAAUCUUCUCCACGGCUUCUGCACCGCCACCUGCGGUGACAAGCACGCCCAAAGCCAGCAAUGCACAAUUGCCCGUCACCGAUGCGGUGCUGCAAGCCAAGGCAGUCGUGGACGAGGAGCCCGAAGCGUUGUCGAGCGACGAGGAGUGGGACGAUGAGACGCGUCCCAAAGACGACGCGUCGAAACCCAAGCCUGCGCACAAAAAGACUGCGGUGCUGGAAGGAGCGGACGAUACGGACAUGGACAAGGGCCAACGCACAAUUUUCCUGGGCAAUGUCCCGGUUGCCAUUGUGAAGAGCCGUGCUGUACGAAAACAGUUUACUCGUUACAUCGAAUCCAUGUCGCCAUACCCCGAAUACACUUGUAUCGUCUCGCUGCGAUUCCGGAGCUUGUCUUUUAGCGUGCCCACCAACGACUUUUCCGCGCCGGAUCAAGAUGCGGCGAACGCUGCUUCGCGGAGACGCGAACGCGCGCGCAAAUUUCGCGAGCUCAAUGACACUGGCCCCAAAGAGGGCACUACAGACAAGCCUCUGCUCACCGGCCAACAAAAGCGCAAGAUUGCGUAUAUCAACCAAGAUUUGAAUGAGCGUGCGACCAUGGCGAAUGCCUACAUCCGACUAGGCAAACCUGAUCUGGUAUACGAACAGUAUGGAAAGCACCGUGCAGAUGUACCUCCUUUUGAUUCGCGCAUCACCGGCGCCGUGCUCGCUGCACUGCUUGCCGCCGCGUUGGACAACGGCGUGUUUGAGGGCCGGCAUCUGCGCGCAGACGUCGUUAUGCCUUUGGCACCGCACGAAAUUAUCAACGCAGGCCUCGACAAGAUCUUACUGCCCGACGGAUCGCGGCUUGCGAGCCGCGGCACAGGCACGUUUGAUCCGAAAUGCACCGUGUUUGUCGGGAAUAUCGACUUUGAGGCUGGCGAGGAAGAUCUGCGCGGUCUCUUUGAGCGCAUUUUGCGCGAGGAGCGCGGCGAGCCACCUGCCAAGCAUGCCGUAAUGCGGCUCGAUGGCAACGCUUCGGGUGCACAGAUGCCCGGCGAGUGGGUCCAAAGCGUGCGCAUUGUCCGCGACAAGGCGACGCAGCUUGGUAAAGGGUUUGCCUACGUGAAGUUUAUCGACCCGCUCUGUGUGGACGAAGUGGUAGCCCUACACGAUGCAGAAGAGGCAUUCAUCGAAGCAGCACGGCCCAAAGCGCCCGGAAAAAAGACGGCCAAACCCGCGAAGCCCAUUGCCUUGCAAGAAGGCCAGGAAUUCCGCCGCCGCAUUAAGCUCAACAAACGCGCGCUGCGCAUCGCUCGCUGCAAGCAAGUUGCAGUCGAUACGAGGCGGCGGAAGCGCGACGGACCAUCGCAGCCACGCACGGCGCCCCCUGCCAAGCGCAACACCGCGCGUGUUCGCUCGACUGGCGCGCCUACGCCGAAUGGCACGUCUCCUACACUCAAGCGCACUGCCGAUGGGCCCCGCGUCGAUCCUGCCUUCUUGGCCACCCUCGACAAGGGCCAACGCAAAGAGUUGAAGAAGAACGAUGCUCAGCGGCAGGCGCGCCGUAUGGAUAAGAAACAGUCCAAUAACGCUGCAAAAAAGGUGGCCAAUGCCGUUGGCACAGGCCGCGAGCGCGUCAAACUGCCGCAGCGAUCGGCGUCGAAAAAGAUGGCCGGCGUGAAGAAGGCAUAG